UCCGGGGAGAGCAGAUAUAGUGAAUGCAGGGUCCGGGGAGACCAGAUAUAGUGAAUGCAGGGUCCGGGGAGAGCAGAUAUAGUGAAUGCAGGGUCCGGGGAGACCAGAUAUAGUGAAUGCAGGGUCCGGGGAGACCAGAUAUAGUGAAUGCAGGGUCCGAGGAGACCAGAUAUAGUGAAUGCAGGGUCUGGGGAGAGCAGAUAUAGUGAAUGCAGGGUCUGGGGAGAGCAGAUAUAGUGAAUGCAGGGUCCGGGGAGAGCGGAUAUAGUGAAUGCAGGGGUCCGGGGAGAGCGGAUAUAGUGAAUGCAGGGUCCGGGGAGACCAGAUAUAGUGAAUGCAGGGUCCGGGGAGACCGGAUAUAGUGAAUGCA